AUGAGACGGCAUCAUCCUGCAUGGGACGGCAUCAUCCUGCAUGGGACGGCAUCAUCCUCCAUGGGACGGCAUCAUCCUCCAUGGGACGGCAUCAUCCUCCAUGGGACGGCAUCAUCCUGCAUGGGGCAGCAUCAUCCUCCAUGGGACGGCAUCAUCCUGCAUGGGACGGCAUCAUCCUGCAUGGGACGGCAUCAUCCUGCAUGGGACGGCAUCAUCCUGCAUGGGACGGCAUCAUCCUCUAUGGGACAGCAUCAUCCUCUAUGGGACAGCAUCAUCCUGCAUGGGACAGCAUCAUCGUCAUGGGACAGCAUCAUCGCCAUGGGACAGCCUCAUCCUCUAUGGGACAGCAUCAUCCUCUAUGGGACAGCAUCAUCCUCUAUGGGACAGCAUCAUCCUCUAUGGGACAGCAUCAUCCUCUAUGGGACAGCCUCAUCCUCUAUGGGACAGCAUCAUCCUCUAUGGGACAGCAUCAUCGCCAUGGGACAGCCUCAUCCUCUAUGGGACAGCAUCAUCCUCUAUGGGACAGCAUCAUCCUCUAUGGGACAGCCUCAUCCUCUAUGGGACAGCCUCAUCCUCUAUGGGACAGCAUCAUCCUCUAUGGGACAGCAUCAUCCUCUAUGGGACAGCAUCAUCCUCUAUGGGACAGCAUCAUCGCCAUGGGACAGCCUCAUCCUCUAUGGGACAGCAUCAUCCUCUAUGGGACAGCAUCAUCCUCUAUGGGACAGCCUCAUCCUCUAUGGGACAGCCUCAUCCUCUAUGGGACAGCAUCAUCCUCUAUGGGACAGCAUCAUCCUCUAUGGGACAGCAUCAUCCUCUAUGGGACAGCAUCAUCGCCAUGGGACAGCCUCAUCCUCUAUGGGACAGCAUCAUCGCCAUGGGACAGCCUCAUCCUCUAUGGGACAGCAUCCCCUUAAGCAUGACCUAACACAGUUUCAACUAUCACUUGUAUAA